AAUCCCACUAACAGGUGAGCGUGGAAUAUUUAGUAGCCAGGAAAUGUCACGGAUGGACUUAUUGCCCAGGUGGCCACCUAUCACGGGACCACGCUUGGAGUCACUGAGCUCCUGAGAGCGACCCAUUCUUUCACCAAUGUUUGUAGAAGCAGUCUGCAUGCCUAGGGGCUUGAUUGUAUACACCUGUGUCCAUGGAGGGGAUUGGAACACCUGAAUCACAUGAUAUGGAGGGGAUUGGAACACCUGAAUCACCUGAAUCACAUGAUAUGGAGGGGGUUGGAAUACCUGAAUCACAUGAUAUGGAGGGGAUUGGAACACCUGAAUCACAUGACUGGGAGAAGAUUGGAACACCUGAAUCCCAUGAUAUGGAGGGGAUUGGAACACCUGAAUCACAUGACUGGGAGGGGAUUGGAACACCUGAAUCAUAUGAUAUGGAGGGGAUUGGAACACCU